GUUGUUGUCUACACCCCACUCCUGUCCUGCAGCUGCUCUCCUCUCUUAACUCCACUCUCGCUUUUUUACUCUUUGCAGCAAAAAUGGCCACAGCUGGAAAGGUCAUCAAGUGCAAGGCAGCAGUGGCCUGGGAGCCCAAAAAGCUUUUGGUUAUUGAGGAAAUAGAGGUAGCUCCACCAAAGGCCAACGAGAUCCGCAUCAAGAUUGUGGCAACUUCGGUGUGCCAUUCAGACCUUUACCACCUUUUGGAGAAUAUGCAUGAAGACGGCUUCCCAGUAGUCCUUGGCCACGAGGCAGCCGGCAUUGUGGAGAGUGUCGGGCCUGGAGUCACUGAAUUUCAUCCAGGAGACAAGGCGAUUCCUAUGUUCCUCUCCCAGUGUGGAGAAUGUCGCUUCUGCAAGAGUCCAAAGACCAACCAGUAUGAGAAAGGAUGGUCCACUGAUCGUCUCAAUGCAAUGUCACCUUCAGAGUCCAGCUUAAACUGUAAGGGGAAGAAGGUGCUACAGUUUACGGGAACCAGUACCUUCUCUGAGUACACUGUGGUUAACCAGACAGCUCUGGCAAAGAUCGACCCCGCUGCUCCUCUGGACAAAGUCUGUCUGCUUGGCUGUGGGAUCUGCACAGGAUAUGGAUCAGCAGUUAACACUGCUAAGGUGGAACCGGGCUCAACAUGUGCUGUGUUUGGCCUGGGAGCUGUGGGUUUGGCUGCAGUCAUGGGCUGCAAGGCUGCAGGAGCCAAGAGGAUCAUCGCUGUUGACAUCAAUCCAGAGAAGUCUGAGAAGGCCAAGGUGUUCGGCGCGACUGACUUCGUCAACCCCAAGGAUCACAGUAAACCCAUCAGUCAAGUGCUGUCUGAGAUGACUGACGGAGGAGUGGACUACUCUCUGGAAUGUGUUGGAAAUGUGGGAGUCAUGCGCAGUGCCUUGGAGUCUUGUGUGAAAGGUUGGGGUGUCAGCGUUCUGGUUGGCUGGACAGACAUGCACGAUGUAGCUACCCGACCCAUUCAGCUCAUCGCUGGACGUACAUGGAAGGGCGCCUUGUUUGGAGGCACCAACCAGGAGUUCAUUGUAUCCUGCACAAUACAAGACAAUAAAGGCUUUCUGUUCUAUUCUAUUCAAUUUUAUUCUUUUCUAUUCAAACUCCAAAAUUAUAUCCUCAUUUCACCUCCUCCACUCACCACUCUACUACCCCAUGAGCCAAUGUUGUAUUUAACUAAGCUAAUAUUUAACUCACACUGACCCAACAACAAUCAUGAUUAGAGGCCUUUUUUCUUGUUAAGAGAAGGAAAUUACAAAUAGGCUUAUAAACAUUAUGUUUAUAGUAUGUACAGUAUCCUAGCCUGAUGUGCCUAUUUAUUAACGUUCUGUACAUCUACUAAUUAAGCAGGGGAUAAUCCACUAACAUGCUUUAAUGCACAUGUUUAUUUGAUUAAGGUAUGCUGUUAAUAUAGAAUCUAGUUCGUUCGACGUCUUACUCUUUAAAGGAGGACACAAAUGGUCUUUUUGUGCCUCUUACUUCUAGAAACUGUUGAGAGGCUCUACGAUCCACCAUUGCUGUAACACAAAAAAACAAGAAACUCUUUAGUCACAACUAGGGCUGGGUAUUGUUCACAUUUGAACCAAUACCAGUGUAGGUUCUGGUACCUGGAAUUCACUAAUGGUACCCAACAGUACCUUUUUUUGGUAGGCUACUUUCUCUGUAAUAACAAAAAACUAGUCCAUACCCAUUGAGUACAGCAUACAUACCAUGACUUAGUCAUACCAAAAAUUAGAAAAACAAACAAACAUUCGGCCACAGGGGGAGCCACAGCGAUCGGUCACAUUUUAGCCAUUUUUAAGCAUUUUUCUGUUGUUACAGCGCCACCCAGUUGCCAAUUAGAGUUAAAUUUCUCCAGUCACCUUGAGGCGUCCUGUUCUACAUAUCUACCAAAUUUAGUAAAAAUCGAUAUGGCGGUUAGGCCUAGGUAAGAAAUUAGCUCUCUAGCGCCCCCAUCUUGUUUGAUCGGGUCAAUAAUGUAGGGGUCCCCUCAGAUUAUGUGUGGUCAUAUGCCUACAAAGUUGCGUGGUGAUCGGUGAAACCCUUGAGAUGUUAUACACCUUUAUGUGAUGAGCCACGCCCUCCGCAAUAUUCAUUGCCUUAUAGAAGCUCAGUUUUAGUAAGUUUUCCAACUUUUGCCAAGAGGGAACUUUAGAUAUUGAUGUAAUAUUGCUUCAUUUGCAUCCUCCCAUGACCCUCUACCACUGUGCCAAAUUUCACAUGGAUUGACCAAGUCAGUGAGGAGAAAAACAUGGAACAGACACACAGACACACCCACAGACAGAGUUUUCGUCAUUAUAUAGGAAGAAGACUAUCACGGCAGAUCAGCGCUGCAGUUAAUAGUUUUGUCUAGCAGCCGACAGAGUGUCUAAGUGGUGCUAUCCUCAGCUCUGUGGAUAGCAUCCAGGCUUUGGGGUUCUUUGUGGCACUUGCGCGUCUUGUCGAAGCCUGGCAUUCUCACCUAGAUGCACUCACAAGUACCGAACUUUGGUGGCAUGGAGGAUUUAAGGUGAAUCGGUACUUGGUGCUAUUGACAUAAUUUGGGUCAGUGCCCUUAAAAAUACCAAUUUUGGUACUCAACGCUAUAGCUAGCGUUAAGUUAGUUGGCCCUUUGGCUGAGGAGCUCAGCUUAUGGUGUAAUUAUCAGCACAAUGGUUAAGUUAGAAAGGUUAAUCAAGCAGUCCUGAGCACUAACAUUAUUCAAGUGGAAUUUGGAACAUCAAUUACACUAUAGCUCCAUAGAAAUAUGCUUAACACAUAGGCCUAACGUUGUAUCCAAAUUGUGAUGUUAGCAUUCACUCAAUCAAAACAACUCAACCUCAUCAGGCUUAUCAAUAGUCCCAACUGUGACAUAUUUUCAAAUAAGCCAAGUAACGUUAUAAACUGUACUGUAAGAGAUUUCUACUUGUGCAUGUAUGUGCUAAACACGGAAGCCAACCCUAAUAUUUGCAAAAC